CCAUGGCUCACCGCUAUACUCAUCAGCCACAACUAGUUAGUAACCACCACUGCCUUGGACAUCCUCAACAACUCUAGUCGGAAAGUAAUAGCUAAGCUUGUUGCGUAGUAAGCAGAUCAGCACCGAGCAAUGGGGUACUCACAAAUUACCCUAGUUGGUGGCCUGUUCAUCACCGUGCUGCUGCUGGCACCCGCCGUCCUGGCCACUGACCCGGACCCCCUCCAGGACUUCUGCGUGGCCGACCUCGACGGCAAGGCGGUGUCGGUGAACGGGCACACGUGCAAGCCGAUGUCGGCAGCCGGCGAAGACUUCCUCUUCUCAUCCAAGCUGGCCAAGGCCGGCAACACGACGACCCCGAACGGGUCGGCCGUGACGGAGCUGGACGUGGACGAGUGGCCCGGCGUGAACACGCUCGGCGUGUCCAUGAACCGCGUCGACUUCGCCCCGGGGGGCACCAACCCGCCGCACGUCCACCCGCGCGCCACCGAGAUAGGUCUCAUCACCCAGGGUGAGCUCCUGGUUGGCAUCAUCGGCAGCCUUGACUCCGGGAACAAGCUCCACUCCAGGGUCCUCCGAGCCGGGGAGACGUUCGUCAUCCCGCGUGGCCUCAUGCACUUCCAGUUCAACGUUGGCAAGACGGAGGCAUCCAUGGUCGUGUCCUUCAACAGCCAGAACCCCGGAAUCGUCUUUGUUCCGCUCACCCUCUUCGGCUCCAACCCGCCGAUCCCUACGGCAGUGCUCUCCAAGGCGCUCAGGGUGGAUGGCGGUGUCGUCGAGCUUCUCAAGUCCAAGUUCGCCUCUGGGUCUUAACUCUUAAUUAUACUCGAUAUGCAUGUUUGCUAAAUUAAUAAUGCUCAAUAGAGCUCGUAACUAAGAGUCAGGGUUAAGCUGGCAUAGAGUCGUGGUGUGUAUGGAACGAUUGAAUAAGUUAGCCUCGCGGUUCAGAUCUCCUGAGAACCAAUGCGAGGAAUAUCAAAGUGUAAUAUAUAUGUACAUGUAUUCUUCUUUAUUACAACGAAACGAAUAAAAGCUUUUUAAUUAGUACA